ACAUGCGCACUAGGCAAAUUCAGGAAAUGCCCUGAUAUCAGGAGCUGGCGGCUAAAAGUUAUAUUAAGCAAUUCAGAGACUAAAAACGAAUACACCGAAUGACAAAUAUUUAAGGAUCGGAAUCGAUAUACAAUCCCGGAAUCAGCUGUAAAUGUAAAUAGUAAAACAAAGCUUAAAACGAUGUUUGAAAAGGCGUACUCCUACUCCUCACUACUGAUGUUGCUAAUGCAGUCUCGGACAUUCUGAUUGGAGAAAGCCAGUCACAUGAAACUCUUUGUGGAUGACGUUGGCUUAUAGGUUUGUCCGCAGUUUCGGACGGAGAGGAAGUGUCGGGGACAGUGAUGGGUCAGGAAGCUGGCAAGCCAGCCUGGCCCAAACCGGCUGUUGGAUAUCACACAAUAACAGGAAGGAGAUACGGCAGGAGGCAUGCAUACGUUAGCUUCCGUCCAACCUCUGCCAAGCACAGGAACCCAGCCAGUGUGGAGGAUUGGCCAGCUACGGAAAUGGACGGUGUUCACAGAGCGCAUUCCAUACCUUCAAAAGGGAACAUCUCCUCGACGCUUCACACCAGCUUUCCUGUGUCAUCGAGUUCGGUUCGCCCAGAAGUAAAAGCCAAAUCUGGCAAAGAUCCUCCCCACAAGAAACAGUCAACUUCUAGGAAGCCAUCGGAAGCCCUCUCCGUCCAUUACAAGAAACUAAAGUGUGACCAACCUGUAGCCUGUGACCAGGACCAAAAUGUCUUGAAGAAAAGUGCUGAGGCCAGUGCGUGGCCUAUCUCCGAGGACAGUAACCCAUCUAAUUCUAGCGUAUUGAGCUUUGUAAAUAUUGAUGCUUAUGAGCCGGACAGUAGUGGAGGCGAGGAGGAGGGGCAGAGCUCCGACCUGUCUCACGGUCUCCAGAAAAGACUGGAUGACAUGAUCUUUGAGCUGGGCAAGGAGUUUGACUAUCUCAGCGGUUUGCACUCGUAUUUGUAUACAAAAUCGUGUGAAGGGACAGACUGUUCCCUCAGAGACACUGAGUCAGUGAAAGAUUCUAGAACGGAUCCUAAAUCAGAUUCAAACACAGAGGAACCCCCUCCUGAGAGGAAUAUAUCGGAACACAACGCAACAGAUCACAUGGAAAACGGCACUGAGGACCACCAUAUACCAGAUGACCUAGCAGCCGGUGGCUCUCCCAUCGGUCCCAAAGGUCCUGCCGAGCUGGGGAACGACAACCAGAGAGGGACACAGUCGGAGAUGGUGGUGAGGCCCAAAAUUCGUAAGCAGACGAGUGAAACACACCUGGAGAAGAGGAAGAGUUCUCACCGCGAGGAGGUAGACUCUGGCUUAGCCAAGCAGGCCAGCAAGACCAAGUGUGUGUCUGCACCUCCUUUCUUUCUGACGCAAACAGAAAGGCCAAACCAGGAGAUGCUCUUUGAUUUUCCUCAGACUGAAUCGAAUGGGUUUAGCCCUAUAGAGAGGUGGCGUGAACAUGGAGAUGCUGGGAGCAAAAUUCAUUCAGAUGAGGAAGAUGAGAUCUGGGAAGAUCUGGAGGAUUUCAAUGAGACGUGUGCUCCUUUCAUGAAGGCUGAGGAAAGCUCGGAGUGCAGCGAGGGGGAGUGGGCGGCCUCGUGGACGUCGGACUCUGGCCUGGAGACGGAGCGUCAGAAAAGCUGGGAGACUCUGCCUGGCCUGGACGAGCUGCACAUCAGCAACAGCAGCAGUCUGGAGGGCGUACCCGAGCUCAGCCUGCCCCCUGCGGAGCCUCUACCUCUGGAGGAGGGGGAGAUUCCUUGGUUGAUGUACAACGGAGAGGCGGGCAGCAGUAGUGAUGAAGACCCUGAUGGCAUGAGUCACUUUGUCCACCCGGGCCUCUUCAUCCUUGACGGCAACAACAACCUGGAGGAUGACUCCAGCAUGAGCGAGGACCUGGACGCUGAGUGGAGGUUGCUAGAUGACUUUGGAGAGGGCUUUGGGAUGGCUCAGGCUAUAUCCUAUGUGGAUCCUCAGCUCCUCACAUACAUGGCUCUUGAAGAGCGCCUUGCCCAAGCUAUGGAGGCGGCUUUAGCCCACCUUGAGUCUCUGUCCAUCGACGUUGAGCAGGCUCACCCUCCUGCUACAGAACAGAUCAUUGAGUGUCUGCCUCAGAUCACCAUAUUGGAGGACCACAGUGGGCAGGAACAGUGCUGUGCCAUCUGCUGUUGUGAGUACGUCAAAGAUGAGAUUGCAACCCAGUUGCCGUGCCACCACAUGUUCCACAAGAUCUGCGUGACUCUCUGGCUCCAGAAGUCUGGGACUUGCCCGGUCUGUCGUCACGUCCUGUUGCCUGUUGUCGCUGAGACCCCUGCACCCACCUCGUUUGUGUCGGAUCAGUACAUCCCUCCAUCCAAUCACAGCGCAGCCGGAACACGGUGAAUCCACAGCCAUAAUAGGCCUCUAACGCUUAAAUUAAAAUGAUUACUUUUUCUGUCACUGCCUCUCCACAAUUUAGCACUUCAUGAAUGAGGUUUAUUUAGUUCUGCACAUGUUAACAAGUUCCAUGUCUGAGAGUGACAGUUCAGGCUUAUUUUCUGAGAAAAUAUUAUCUGUGUAAUCAAGUUUUUGUUGUGUUUUAAUGAAGGAUAGGAAAUUGCAAUUUGUUUAGCCCAGAUUUUUGUUAAUGCAUUUUACAUGCACUUUUUUUUUUUAUACAGAUGAAAGCACUGCUUAUUAUGCACCUUAUUGUACUCAUUUUCUAAAUCAUUUUGUUUCCCGUGUUCAAUAAAGGCUGUAGUGUGGGCAAGGCUUUGUCUUCAAGAAGUAAUAACUUCCUUACUCAGUUUGUAUAAAAGCCAUUUAUACGAGGGAAAGAUUAGGCACCACACCAUCUCAUACAAUUUACCCAUUUGUAAGCCUCUGGUUGCCUGUUGAAUGGAAGAAAAAAAAAAUCGGGAUCAAAUAUUUGUAUUCUGAAAAUGGACUUAAAAAAGAUUAUGGUUUGUUGAAAUUCAUCUCUGCACCUCCCCAAACAGAACACUUGAGAGAUUGAAUUCAAAGAGCCAAGAGAGAUUUAUUGCAAGUACACAGUAUUAAAAAAAAAACAGGACAUGAGAUUUGAUCAUUAACAAGGGGAAAAUACAGUUAAGGAUAUUUUUCAAUUCUUACUCUGAAGUGGGUAACCGUGUAACAUUAAUUUGAUAAUUACUUAAAUCCAGUGCAUUGUCCACUUAAUUUUUUUUUUUUUUAAACUUUAGAUAUGGUCUUUAUUAAAAGGGAAGCAUGUUGAGCUAAACAAUGAACACAACAGGUACUAGUGUGCCUUUUCUGAUAGUGUCUUUAACAUGGCCAAAAGUGCAAUCAAAAUAUAUAAAAGGUCUCUUGUGGCAAUAAAUAUCCCAGCCCUUUAAAUUAGUCUGACACAGACUCAAAUAUUAGCAAUAUACUUUAGGAAAAGCGCUCAAUAACGCACAUACUUUCGAAUGCUGUAAAGUUGGCCUUGGAGUAAAUAAACGAUGAUACAGCACGAGGCAUUCACAUUGAAUUGUGAAGCAGAAUUAGUCACAAAAAAAAACAUGUAACAAAAGAAAAUACAAUUCCAUUCAACACCGACGUAAUAAUGGUUUGCAUAUCAUGCAUUGGCCAGUAGUGUAGAGGUGAAUCUCCAACUACGCAUGGGAAAAUCUAGACUUGGUCACUUUGCAUAAUAAAAAUAGAAAACGAAUUCUAUAAAAACAAAACACUGGCAAAUAUCUUAAUACACUAACAAGAGACUGAAAUUGAUACAAAAUGCUGAGGAUACUAUGUGUCAAAUAAAUAAAAGGAUUACUAAAAAAAGGUGUGUGCCUUAUGUUUAAACAGAAAUAUAUUGCGCUCAUUAACCAGUAGUUAUGAUGUAAUCACCCAUUUCAUUCUACACUUUGUUAUUAAAGACCAUGUUAAUAAAAUAAAAAAAACACUUACAAAUCAAUGGUUUUUUGGGGUUUACAACUAAAGCUGUAACUAGUUCGUCUGGAACGCAAGAAAACAAAUCUGGAGAAACCACUGAAUAACUGUUACUCCAGUCUACAAACGGCAACCCAUUUACCAUGUAGUGCACUACAUGGUAAAUAGGAUGUCAUUGGAGAGACAACAGACGAGGUCAUGACAGUUUGACAUUGUAUACAGAGGAUAGGAAACAGGAGGAUCUUUCCAAAUAUCUUUUAUACAUACUAAAAAUUUACAAAUGAAUCAUGCAGACGCAAAACAGACAACGUUUUCUUUAUCAAAAUAAACCAUUGGAAGAAACAAUCCUAAAGAGUGACCUACAUUUGCAUGAUUGCAUUUUUUUUCUCAGAUUAGUAUUCAAAAAACAAUAUAGAGAAAGGUUAUAGCAUCUACAAGUAUUUACAAAAUACAGGAAGAGGAAUGUUUGUAAAAUUCGAAAGACAAGAAGUGAGAUGGAUGUGAUGUGUUUAAUUCACAGAAGAUGCUUUAAAAAAAAGAUACACACCUUGACUGUCAGCACAAAAUGGCAAGGAGCUUGGCUACAUGGAGUCAACAUGGCAGCCUUAGAGGAAUGACCGAAUACAGAAGCGACUGGAAUAGCUAAUUCACUAAAGAGCCAGGAAAAACUGGAGCCCGUAGUUAUUGACUAGGCCUAGGGGCUCAAUUCAAUCCGUGUUGCAGAAAAUUCACGGUAAAGCACGAUUUAAAUUGAAAAGGCAACAUUCCCGGUAAACGCUGCAUAUGUUGGCUCAAUUAAAAAUGAUCUUUACAUUUCAAUCACGCCAUACCGCCGAUCUUCUGCGAAUUGCAGCCCUAGGUCCCAGAGUUUUAUCCUGUCAUGAUGCAUGGUCAGAUAAGUAUAUACUUAGGGCCAGUUUUAAUGAAAACUAGUUCACUGUACAUUACUGAAUGCAAUGUCUAUCAACGAUUUACAGUUUCACCAAAAAUAAUUGUCUGUUUGAAGUAGAAAAUAUCACGGCUAAUGUAACAGCGGACUGUUUUGACACAAAAUGCGAAAAUUUCACGUCAGAUAGUACAGUUACGACACAUUCUAAUUUUCAGAUCAUACAAAACUAUUGAGGUUGUAACAACUGACCGAGACCAAUACUUAGAAAUGAGGCAGCAAUCUGGAGGGUCUUUAAAUUAAAUAAUUCAAAGUAAAAUUGUAUUAAUUACAAAUACACAACUUAGACAUUCAUUCACUUUAUAAUUAAGGCAGUAUUAUUGCAAUAUUUCUGCAUUAUAUCGCCUGAAUAAUUAUAGGAAAAUGGUGUAACAAAUUGCACUUAUCCUUAUGUUAAACUGAAAAGGUUUCCGAGAUUGAAUGGUGUGAGUGAAGAGAAUACUUGAUCUUUGGAAAGACAUUGUAGCUGAUCUCAAAAUCGCCACAAACAAGACUUUCAGCUAGAAGUAUUUCUCUGGAAAGUCAAAGUCAAGCUUGAGACAUACAAUAAUAACCCCCUAGGUAUGAUCCGCUGGUAAAGAGAACAGAACACUCAUACGCAAUCUGUCUAAAGACUGAAAUGAGCUACAGAGUGCAUCUACCUUUUCUGUCUGUUUUGGAGGUUGCACAGCUAUACGGAGCCCCAGAAACCUUUUUCACGUCCUCAUAAACCAUGCUACCUUAACAGGACCAAACUCGGGGCCCUAAAAAAACGAAAACAUUUGGAAAAUGUUCAUUAUUGUGGCUAUGAAUGAAUGAUGAGCAACAGCAGAAGUCAUACAGUGAACUCCAAAAGUAUUGGGACAGUGACACAUUUGUUGUUGUUUUGGCU